CUCUGUAGUUGGCUACCUGUGUUUGGGUGAGCACCUCGCCACCAGUGCUUUAAAAUCGCUCAUUUUUCACCUUUUAAGUUUUCCGCGGUUUUGCGGCCCUCUACCUCCGUUCUUCGUUCCUCGUUUUUCACCCCCCGAAAAAUCUCCGACUUCCAUUUUUGUGAUAGUGCGCCGUUCUGAUUUCCCAACACGGAUUUUGUGUUCCGUUUUCCAUUCGUUUUGUGAAUUCCUCCGAGCGCAUAUUGUUAAGUGACUUGCGUUCGACAUUAUCGUUAUCCGUUUGUAACUUUGGAUUCGUAUUAAAAGGAUUAACUCUUCGCUCCGACGCAGCACCGAUGCCAAAAUGACUUGAGCUGUACACCACCCAAGAUUGGGCUGUUCCUGUUUAACAGUCCCAUCAGGACUGACAUUUUGUGAUUUUCGGUUUCAUAGACUGAUUUCCAGAGCUUGAUUCUCGUGGUGAAGUGCAAAUAUAUUCAGCAUCGGAAAUCGUCUCCCGUAAUCCUCCUAAUUUUUAGUGCAGUUAUCGUUACAGUGAUUGGAGCAGUGCUUAACAUUUUUCCUCACGGUAAUACGAAAAUGUGGGAUUUAGAAUCCCUAGCAAACCAUGUUGGACAUGGAAGAACAUUGCUAGUUUUAUAAUGAAACAGCAAACUCACAAAUUUGUUUUUAAAUUUUUUAAAAGAGAUUUUAUUUGAUUUUUAUCGCUGUUGUUCCGUUGUUGAUGUUGUUAUUAGUGCCUAAAAUACUAGAUCCUCGUUGAACUUAAAUGUUGAAUGUAUAGUUUGUAAUUGUUGAUAGUUUUAACUCACCUCAAGACCCUUUAGGUAUUUUCUUUAUAUUGACUGCAGGCACUAGAAAAGAUAGGACUCUUCAGCAGUUUGAGCAUGAUUUCAGUGCAAAAGCUUAGUUACCUCAUGUUAGAGGCUGAAAAGCCUCAUCGUACAAAUAUUUAUCCUUUCCUUUUAAGUCAUAUUUAGUUACAUCAAUCUUUGAGAGAAUUUUCAACUUAUAGGAGCAGCAUAAGUUGCUUUUGUGAAUUUAGGCAUUUCAUGAAAUUCUCAUAAUGUGAUAUACGAGUAUUCAAAGAAAUGAGUUAUUUCAAGGGUGUUGUGACGAUAUUCAAAGAAUUUGCAUAGUAUUAAGCCUCUGGUGAGUCUUAACUCAAGCCUCCAGUAUGGAGAUUAUGCGAUCAACCCUGUCCCUUGCGGGUAUGGGACACAAAGAAUCGCAAGAAGAGCUGGCUGCUAACAGGUUAAGCAAUUUAAAAAAAGAAUUAGAAAUCGAUGAUCACAAGCUGACGUUGACUCAGUUGUAUCAGAAACAUGGGACAAGCCCCACAAGGGGUUUAACAAAUAACCAAGCCCGGGAAUAUUUAGCUAGGGAUGGGCCAAAUGCCCUCACCCCAGCUAAAACCACGCCAGCCUGGCAGGUUUUGCUAAAACAUUUAUUUCAAGGAUUCUCAAUGCUGCUUUGGAUAGGUGCUGUGUUAUGUUUCAUUGCUUAUGUAAUUGAAUAUUCCACAGAUGAUGAUGCCCCUAAGGAUAACUUAUAUUUAGGUAUUGUUUUAAUUUUAGUAUGUGUAAUAACUGGUAUUUUUUCUUAUACCCAAGAAGCUAAAAGCUCAAGGAUAAUGGACUCGUUCAAAAAUAUGGUGCCCCAAUAUGCUAAUGUCAUUCGUGACGGCGAAAAGAAAAUGGUGCCAGCUACUGAGCUUGUGAAAGGUGAUUUAGUAGAGGUAAAGUUUGGAGAUAGAAUACCUGCAGAUAUAAGAGUUAUAGAGUGUUCGGGUUUCAAAGUAGAUAACUCUUCGUUGACUGGUGAGUCAGAACCUCAGAUGCGGACAGUUGAUUGUACAAAUGAUAUUCCUUUAGAAACAAAGAAUCUAGCCUUCUUCUCUACGAAUGCCGUGGAGGGCACAGCCAAAGGUAUUGUCAUUUUAUGUGGUGAUCAUACCGUUAUGGGAAGAAUUGCAGGGCUAACAUCUAACUUAAAGCAAGGUGAUACCCCAAUUGCCAAAGAAAUUCAUCACUUCAUGCAUCUCAUCUCCGCUUGGGCUUGCUUCCUGGGAGUCUCAUUUUUCCUCAUGGCAUUUCUUUUAGGUUAUCACUGGUUAGAGGCCGUUAUAUUUUUGAUUGGUAUCAUUGUCGCAAAUGUCCCCGAGGGGCUGUUAGCUACGGUAACUGUGUGCUUAUCGUUGACUGCUAAAAAAAUGGCUUCAAAAAAUUGUGUCGUCAAACAUCUUGAAGCCGUUGAAACUUUAGGUUCCACAUCCACGAUCUGCUCCGAUAAGACAGGAACGCUCACUCAAAACAGGAUGACUGUGACACAUUUAAGUUUCAAUCUAGAAGUUGUUGAGGUAGACUAUUUCAAAGACCCCAAAGGAGUUUCCGAAAAGAACAAAUCAAAUGGCUCGUAUCUGGCUCUUGAAAGAGCCGCUGCAUUGUGCAGCAGAGCAGAAUUCAAAGCUGGACAAGACACGGUUCAGGUAUUGAAGCGAGACGCUAUUGGCGAUGCAUCAGAGCAAGCUAUUCUAAAAUUCUCAGAAUUGGCAAUUGGCGACGUCAUGGGCUAUCGGUCAAAAUACCCCAAAGCUGCUGAGAUUCCAUUCAACUCCACCGAUAAGUAUCAAGUGUCCGUGCACCAAACUACAGAUAAAAAAGAGAGCUUCAUCGUGAUGAAGGGUGCCCCUGAGCGAAUCCUCGAUCGUUGCAAGACAGUGAUACUCAACGAAAAGGAAACUGAGCUGACUGCGGACAUUCGAAGAGAACUAGAGGAGAUUCUGGAACAGUUGGGCAAUUACGGCGAACGUGUCCUCGGCUUUUGCGACCUUGCGCUGGAUAAACGGAAGUACGACAAUGAAUACAAGUUCAUCAUAGAUCCUCCGAAUUUCCCGUUGCAAGGUCUCCGUUUCGUUGGGUUGAUGUCCAUGUUGGACCCUCCGAGACCUGCCGUGCCCGAUGCCGUCGCCAAAUGCCGAUCGGCCGGUAUCCGAGUGAUCAUGGUCACCGGCGACCACCCUGUGACCGCCAAGGCCAUAGCCAAAGCCGUCGGCAUCAUAUCCGAGGGCUCCGAGACCUUGGAGGACAUCGCCAAAAGACGUCGCUGCGAUGUGAGCGAGAUCGACCCGAGAGAAUCCAGCACCAUUGUCAUCCAAGGCUCCAAACUGAGAGACAUGACCACCGACGAGUUGGAGGACGUCCUGCGGCACAAUCGGGAGAUCGUGUUCGCGAGGACCUCCCCGACUCAGAAGUUACACAUCGUCGAGGGUUGUCAGAACCUCGGAGCAAUCGUGGCCGUGACCGGGGAUGGCGUCAACGACUCGCCCGCUUUGAAGAAGGCGGACAUCGGGAUCGCGAUGGGUAUCACCGGAUCCGAUGUGAGCAAGCAGACGGCCGAUAUGAUCCUCCUCGACGAUAAUUUCGCCUCCAUCGUCACCGGAGUCGAGGAGGGUCGCCUCAUUUUCGACAACCUGAAGAAAUCCAUCGCGUACACGCUGGCGUCUAACAUUCCUGAGAUAACCCCAUUCCUCGCUUUCAUCGUGAGUGGGAUCCCUUUACCCCUGGGGGUAGUCGCCGUCUUGUGCAUUGACCUGGGGACGGACAUGUGGCCGGCUAUAUCUCUGGGAUACGAGAAAGCCGAAUCGGACAUCAUGCGCCGACACCCGCGGAACCCUGCAACGGAUAAGCUGGUGAAUAGGAAACUGAUCUUCGUGGCCUACGGUCAGAUUGGGUUCAUCGAGGCAGCGGCCGGGUUUUUCUCGUACUUCGUCAUCAUGGCCCAAAAUGGAUGGAUGCCCCUCCGUCUGAUCGGGUUGAGAGCUAAAUGGGAUUCGCUCUCGAUCAACGACUUGGAGGACUCCUUCGGCCAGGAAUGGACUUACGGAAACCGGAAGAUUUUAGAAUAUACUUGCCAUACUGCAUUUUUCAUCGCUAUCGUCGUGGUUCAGUGGGCGGAUUUGAUUAUAUGCAAAACGCGCUAUAACUCGAUUUGUCACCAGGGGAUGAAUAACUGGGUCCUGAAUACGGGGAUGGUUUUCGAAACGGCUGCCGCUUGCUUCGUGUCCUACUGCCCUGGAAUGCCCGAAAUAUUGAAGACUUACCCUGUUCGGCUCGAGUGGUGGCUGCCCGCAAUUCCAUUCGCCAUUGUUAUCUUCAUCUACGACGAGUGUCGUAGAUUCUGGCUCCGAACUCACCCGGGUGGGUGGGUCGAGCGGGAGACCUACUACUAAUUUUCAAAGAGACGCCAUUUUAGUAUAAAUAUUUUUAUUUUUUUCGUGUAAAUAACUCUGAUUACGUUGAAAAUGCCAUCAUUACGAUAUACAUUAUAGUAUGUGCGAGUCAUUUUUUUACAAACCAAAUAAAUAUUCGAUGAGAAAUGCAAUGCGCUGAAGAUAACCAGGGUCUCGUGAUCCUUUUUGGAUUAUUAUUGUUAGAUAUUAUAAUUUUUUCUUAAUUUUUUUGUUUUUUAUAUGUAUAUUUCAAUUGAAUAUCGCUGCUUAUCACUGAAGCCCUAGACUGAUUAGAUUUGAGUAGUUUAAAAUUUUGAGCUGAGUAAAACCAUACCACCCAUUCGAAAAGAAAAAUGCGCAAUCUGAAAGAAAAUUUGCUCGGCAUUUCACUUGAAAAUUCAGUUUAACCCGUCUAUAUCGACAUUUUAAAGACCCAAUUGUUGUUCAUGCAAUAAACUAUAUACUUCUAUUGUACAUACGUUUCUUUAGGUGUAAAAAUUUAAAUCAUGUCUCUUAAUGCCGUCGCUGCUUCAGAUGUUGUUACUUGAUAUUUUUGAAAAUCACUGUCAAAGUCGUUAUAUGUAUUCAGAUAUUCUCAUACUUAUGAAAUGAAUGACACGCUCGCCCAGAAUGUGAGAAUAUUGGAAUACAAAUUCUUUUCAGAGAAUAUGCGAUCACGUCAAUUAAAAUAAAUAGCAUUCGCAAAGCACUAACGUCCUAUGUUUGCAGGUCAGAUUUCCCUACGAAAAGCAGCAUUUUAAACUUUAAUGUCUUUUGUUCCUUACAUUACAAAAUCUCAGAGGGAAAAAGAUGAACUAUUUUAAAUAGAUUUAACUGUCAGGAAAUGUUAUUUUCUUCAUACAACCAUUCUAUUUUUCUACAUCCAGGACCGAUUCUCUUAGCCAGUACUUUUUUUCCACUAAUGACCUGAAAAGGUUUCGUUUUUGUUCCUACCGUAGCAAUUUUUACUGUUACAACCAUAUUUUCGUGAAAUACCUAGAAACUGAGGCAUUAACAAGUCCAUGUUAAACUUUUCACAUUCUUCUUUGUUCAAAAUCCCAGUUCAUCUCUCAAAUCCUAAAUCCUAAUGCCGCGAAUGAUAACUUUUAUGUCCAGGAAUUUGUGUAAAAUCAACUGAAUCCUGUUUUAUUAAAGUUAUGCAUCGUAGAUUUAAAUAUUUAACACGUACGUCCAAUUUUCUCUUUUUUCUGGAUCUCUAAUGGAGUUUCGUCUCUAGCAAGGCUUAGAGGUAAAAGUACAUUUACAAAAAUCUAAAUUCACAAUAUUUUUGAAGUAUAUUAUUGUAAAAGUAAGCUAUUUAUUGAAUUUGCAAGAAGCGAGAAAAAGGGUGCCUAUAUCCAUGAAUAUUGAUCAAAAUAUUCACGUAUAUAUGUAAAAUAAAAACAAGAAGCUCAAUAGGUUAAAGUUUCUACUUAAAGUAAUUUAAUUUUUUUUCUGUUAAAAAGUAAUCACGUACAAGAAGACGUACCUGGGAAAAAUUUUAUAGUAUUUUGUAUAAAAAUCUCAUUUGAGGUAACAACUGAUCGUUCGAAAAAUAAUGGAGGAUAAAUAAAAUGAAAAUAAUUCAUCACUUUCUAAACCACAUGAACAGUCUACAUUUAAGAAAAAUUUAUGCAUUUUUAAUUGCCAUGAAUUUUAUACUUGAUAUUUUAGUUUUGAAUUGGUAUUUGUUUCUAGAGGAGGAGACUUUUGUAUGAGUAGGUAAAAUACAUCACUGCUUCAUCAAAAGUUGAAUAUGAGAACCAUUAUUUGCUAAAGAUAUACUAAUUUACUGUAAUCGCAUGGCAAGUAAUUAUGAGCUGAUUUUUUUUUGUGGACACAAUAAAUAAUGGAAUGACAAGAAAGAUAAAAUUCUGAAUGAAUAGGGUAAAAUUAAAAAAAUUAAAAAAUUGAGAGGGGGAAAACGCUUCAAAUUUAAAUAGGUUGGAGCCAUCGUCGGCAACAUAAUUAGGCGCGUAGAGCACACGUCAUUCGUAAUGUUGUAAUGAUAUACCCAUCUUCAGUAAGAAGUAUGCGGACCUAAAAUAUUAUAAAUUAAAUUGAUAAGUAGGCUGGUCUCUGCUUCUUUCAAAAGUCAAGAACAGAUUCUUCUUGCAGAAAUCUAUAAAACUCGAGGACUAAUUCUUCUUGUAGAGAAUCGCAAACAAUUAUUUUCAAACAUUUUGUAAAUCCGCUGUACCUCACUUAAUAUAAUUUAUUUUGCAAUUGUAGGUACUGCAAUGAAAUUAAUGCCUCGUAUGACAUCUUUGUACUUUAACAAUUUGUUGGUUUGCGUUAAUUUCAUUAAGAAUCACUUCUUAUUGUUACUUUCUUUUUUGACUUUCAAAGUCAGAUUUUAUAUUAAUCUUCAUCAGUACUGCAGUGUUCCAUUUAUCCAUCCGCAAAAUCAUAAAUGGUUUGGAAAAGGGGGAGUCUAACUUUAUAAAAGGAAAUGUUUUUAAUAGCAGCUCUUAUUAGUGAGAAUAAUCAUCUGACGUGUUUAGAAGUAUUAUACAUUUUACCUUUAGCUCAUCCUCAGUAGAUAGUUACCAGCAUAUUUAGUCAUAGUUGAUAACUUAACCGAGUCUGUCUGUUAGUAUUCGUUUAUUCAUUUAUUUUGUAUGAGUAUUGGAGAGUGGAAUCUUGACAUCGUUUGAAAAUUGAGCAGAUGCUGAACAAUUGAACAUUUUCAUCAAAUCAAAUUAAAUAUCAAGAUAUCCGCCCAUCCUUAAAAGUGGCGUGGCGUGCUUUGCGAUGUAUCGAUUGAUCUGUUAUUUGAACCUAUGGAAAAGAAUCGAUAGACAGGAUGUUCGCAACGAACGCCUCAAUGAUCGAUUCUUUACCACAGCUUCAAAUGCAAGAACAUUGAUAAUCGAUUAUUCACGCCUCGCCACCGCUCUUUAACUAUACUCAAUGAAUUUAACAUCUACCGAGAAAAAAUAUAAAAAUCUAUGUCUGAUAAUAAUUAAAGAACACGCCUACAGUGCAAUAUGAUCUUACGCACAACCGGUCUUACGGUCAUCGAUCCUUUGACAAAUUAGGGCUUGACAUGGAACCACCUUGCAUCAGACAUUACAAUGACCUUCAAUUGUUCAAAUUGUUCGAGUUUUAUUUUACACCACUUCAUUAAAUCGAGACAUCAAAUUGAAUCUAUUAAUGAAAAUUAAAGGAAACAUAGGUUAGAUUAUCUUUGGAUAACGCGCUCCUUUCACAAGAAACUUUGAUAUAAGUCCCUCCUCUUUUCAUGAUAAAGGUCUGAUUGCGCUAACCGUGAAAAGACAUGUAUCUACAUCUAAUUUUGUUUUACUUCAUUUAUUUUUUCAUGUAUAAUAUCUAACUGAGCAUCGCGGUUUUGGCGUACGCUAGAUUUAUUGUAAGAGCAUCUUGUUAUAGGGUUUGGUCCGCACCAAGCACGAAAUGCCAUUCGAGCAUCUUGGACUCUAAACUUCAUUUCUUUAGUGGGCUGCUGUUGCAUCUUAAGUUCUGCACUCUUAAAAAAUCUCAUCUUCAAAGGCUUCUAUGGGUAAAAAGAAAAAACUAAUAAAAACACUAUUUCACGCGCUGUUUAUUAUUUUGUACGUUAUCUUUAUUAUUUUUUGUUAUCAUAGGAAUUUAUUUUUAUAAGACAAUUACAGUCCAUGUUAGUAGGAUAUAUUUAAAAUCUGUAGUCUCCUGUAAUUUAUCCCGAUGUUCUUGAAGGUAUAUUAGAAUUUAGACUGCCUUAGGAAAUUAAUUCGCUCACUUAUUUUUCAUGGAAAACCCCAAACAAGUUUAAUUGCACUCGUUUAGGAUAUUCUCCAAUCAAUGGUUUUUCAAUUAUUGACGUGAAUGUCGAAAAAUUAUUUUUACAGACUGUUUUAAUUCCUGCCCAGUUUUCUGCAGGAUAAAAAGAAUAAAAAUAAUUAAGAUUAUUUACUGUAUGCAUUUAAAUGAAAUUAUUACAAUUAUGUGGUAGAGAUUCAGUACAAAAUCAAAGGGAAAAUUAUAAAAAAUGUCAAUUGGUGUAAACUACUGCAAAAAAGCUCCGUGUUUCAAACCAUUAUAUUCAACAGCAUGUCAAAAAUACAAGUAUUCAAUUAUUACAGUGUAUUCACGAAAUUAAUGUCUAGUUUUAUCACUGCUACGUAAAUUUACUUCUUUGUAUAUUCCUUUUGUAAGAGCUGGAUUUUUCAUACGCGUAAUUUGACCUUCUUUGUUUGAAACAAGUGCUCAUAAAAGGUUCUUCCUUCCUAACAUUAAACACCCGAUCAUGAAUUCAAUAAUUUUGCAGGAAUUUUAUCAUAGUUCUAUCUAAUUUUGCUUAUAUAGAUAUUACUGUAAAAUCUGUCAGUAUCUUAUGAAGAGUAACAUUUUGAUUGAACUUCUCCCUACUGUAUGGUGGUUUUUAACUCCGAAGUAAGUUAAAGUUCUAACGGACGAGAAAAAAAGAGAGUAACAGCGUAUUAUGUAACACUGUGUUUGGGAAUUUCUAAAUUUCUUUCAAUCGGCACAGGUCAGAUACACAUAUUCCCAAUGUGAUAAGUAUAAGUGAUUGAAAAGCGCAGGUAAUUGACAUCUUAAUAUUAUUUGAAAGCUGUUGGUGUGUUUAGGAAUAGCUGGUCUAUUUUUACAGACCAUCUGCUUUGUGUUUCAUGCUGUCCUCCAAAGUUUUCCUUUAAAUAAUGGCUGACACUGUUUUUGUUACGAUUCAACUUGAAUACUAUAACAUGCAGUUAAAAAUACAUUAAUGACAAAUGGUACUGAAAAAUUUUCAAUGAGUACAUCAAUACCAGAUUUUUAUUUCAUUCUCAAACUCAUGGAGAGCGAUACACAGUCUGUUGACCCAAUUUAAAUUGCAACAGGCUACUUUCACAUCUCUUGAGAUUUUUAAGUAUGGUUUCAAAAUUUUAAACAAUUUAUACGCUCACAUAAACCUUACAGCUUAGACGACGCAUGAUGUAGCUGUGCAUCAUCAAAUUCUAUUUCCUCAUAUACAACUUAAGUGUUAUUUUUAAUAUAUUUUAUUGUAUUUACCUCAAAGUCCCUGCAUUAUUGUUGAGAGCUUACUUCAUUCAUUUUGUGAACUUUGCCAACCUAAUCCACUAUUGUUUCCACGUUUAAUGGCAUACAAUGUGGCGUAUUUGUAAAGAAGUUGGUCACCCUGGACAUGAUUGUAUUUUCCUUCUGAAAAAUGAAGCCAUGUUGUUCAAGUCUUAAUCCAGGAAAAUUACUUUGGUAACGGAGAAUACAACGCCUUAUCCAUGUCUCCUUACUCUGUUGUUAUGUACUCGAGCAUUACGUAUGUUAUGAAGAAAAUGACUCCAUGUAUUGCUUCUCCUCAUUAAUUUCUUAAAAAAUCCUCGGCUCAUAUUUUUUUUUCUUUUUUUAAACAAAUAAAAUUAUUGUAAACAUCUGUAAAAUUUCUUCUGUUACAAAUUCAUUUUCUCUUUUCGAUAGCUUUUUUUUUUUUUUAUCGCGAUACGCGGUACGUUAUUUCUGUAGGUUCAAAUCAUGGUCAGAGAGUUUGAUUGACUGUAAUGUGUAUGCACCUCAAAAUUGCUCCAAAAUUUAGUAAUGGCUGAAUAGGAUGAUUUCAUUACUUGGCCAGCUCUUAAAAAUAAUAUAAGCGAAGGAGCAUAACUUUAUAUAAGAGGUUCAUACCAGCAAGACUUUGCGGCGUACACUAUCGAAAGUUUUGUGUCAAAAUAUUAAAAAGCAAAGAAUUAUUUUUCACUCACAAGUCUCUCACGCUUAAAACGAGAUGAAAAUGGAAACGAGUUUAAUCGAUGAUUCAAUAGGGGAGGGUAACAAUAGCUUAGUUUUUGUACUUACAGGGUGGAGCACUAGAAUAUUUAUCAUUAUGUACCAUUCUUAACUCUAAAUUUAACUACGUGCUCCACCAUUUGAAAGCCAAAACUGUCAGUGUGAAAGGCACCUCGCCUGUCAAAUCACUUGUCAAGUGUUGAUAUUUUCUACAGUAAUUAGUCAGUUUACAAAACUUACUUCUUCUGUAGAAGUUUUAGAGUGCUCGCAAAUUAUUUCGCUGAGUCAGUUGCUACACUUGCCGAAUAAGACACGGAAAUACAAGUCGAUUACUUUUUUCAAUUAAAUGGCAUAGGUAUUGGCAGAGUUUCCACUAUACUCCAAAAAUGAAAUCUCAUAUUUACGUAAAAACCAGCAAUGCUUUGGUUGCUUUAUUAUCAUAACCAAUUUGGAGUAUGUAAAGGUACCAUGUUUUUUUAACCCAUCCCAAAUUUUAACUUGGCUAUUUCCUCAUUGAUUUAUUUGAUUCAUUCUGUAUACUUAAGAGAAAAAUGCUGUUUUUAGAUUUUCCAAAGAAUUGGUAAUCGAAAUUAUUUCUAGGAAUACUGACCUCUUACAAAUUAUCAUGUAGGUGGUAUCCACUGAUCCAUUUUAGCGACAAUGUAAGUAUUGUUCAUGUGAAGUAAAACUACACCCAGAAUAUUUAAAGUACCUAUUUACUACGAAUUGCAAUACGGACGCUGACGUUGCAAUACACGCGCACUAGUUUGCAGUCAUUUUUGUUCUCUUACUUUUUUCAUACCGAUUGCGAACACAUUUUUAGUGAUUGUUAUCAAUUUACUUGUAGUACUUACCUGUAUGUAAAUUCAGAUGAAUUAUAAUUUUGCUUUUUUGACUUUUA